AGGGGCUGAGGCGGGCGGGCGGUAGCGCUGAGGGCGAGGGGCUCCUCCACAGCGCGCUGCCCGCUCGGCUUCGAGCCGUCCGGUCCCUGGCGGGGGCCGAUGGAGGCGGCGCGGAGCUGUAACGGGUACGCGCGGCAGGAGCGGCCGCCGGCUCCUUCCGCCUCCCCCUCGGCGGGCGCCGAGAAGUCCCGCGUCGUCCCCUCCGGCGGUGGCGGCGACGGCUGGAGGAGCGAGCGUCCCCGCAGCGAGGAGGACAACGAGCUGAGCCUGCCCAGCCUGGCUGCAGCCUACACCACCAUCCUGCGCUCCCUGGGCGAGGACCCGCAGCGCCAGGGGCUGCGGAAGACGCCCUGGAGAGCGGCCACCGCCAUGCAGUUCUUCACCAAGGGCUACCAGGAGACCAUCUCGGAUGUUCUGAAUGACGCCAUCUUUGACGAAGAUCACGAUGAGAUGGUAAUUGUGAAGGACAUAGACAUGUUCUCAUUGUGUGAGCAUCACCUCGUUCCAUUUGUUGGAAAGGUACAUAUUGGCUAUCUUCCUAACAAACAAGUACUUGGCCUCAGCAAGCUUGCUAGGAUUGUGGAAAUAUACAGUAGAAGAUUACAAGUCCAGGAGCGCCUGACCAAGCAGAUUGCAGUGGCCAUCACUGAAGCCUUACAGCCUGCUGGAGUUGGAGUGGUUAUUGAAGCCACGCACAUGUGCAUGGUAAUGCGUGGGGUACAGAAAAUGAACAGUAAAACAGUAACCAGCACCAUGCUGGGGGUGUUCAGAGAAGAUCCAAAGACCCGUGAGGAAUUCCUGACACUCAUCAGGAGCUGAAACUGUGGUGUUCUCUAAAUGCACUCUGGAGAUGUUCUGUCCAGUGUCAAUGUCUGUUUUACUUGUUCCUACAUCUCACUUUUAUUUUUUUCCCCAACUAAAAACCCUUGUGAAUUGUUGUCAUGGUCUUUGUGCAGUAAAAGACUUCUGAUGGCAAAUCAAAGAUGUAAUGAUGGGGUGGGCUCCUCCUGGUGUUCCAAUGAUGCUGAUGGCACAGAGCUCCAAAUAGGGGGUUAAAAAAAAUGUCACUUUUCCACCUACACUGCAGCACAAACUGCUGCUGGGGGAAAAGUGGGGCUUGGGACUGAAAUGGAGAUUUGUGAAGCAGUUGUUUCUCCAAAUGAAUAUGAAGCAGCAGAGGAAUUAACUGAGAGGCUGUGGAUUCUUGUGGGACCCAUUUGUGCUGCAAAAACUGCAGCUCUGCUGAGAUGGGUGGUCCUGGAGGGUCUCUGACUCUGUUUUAUUACAAGUCCUGCAGUGGCUGUUUCAGUAUCUGGUUUUGUAUGUUACACCUCUUGGAGAUGUUACCUCUGAUUCUGUGUUAUAUCCUUGCUAGUAUUAACCCCACUAUGUUUUUAUGUGGGUUUUGUUUGUUUGGGUGGUGUUGUGGGGGUUUUUUGGGGUUUUUUUUUUUUUGUUUUUUUUAGAAAUUUAAAACAUUUUUUCCUAGCCUCUUAAGAGGUAGGAAGCUAACUUCUAAAUUAUUUGGGGCACAGUCUUAGUAUAAAGGGUUUUAUGCAUCUUUUUCUCUGUGCCUCAAUGUCUGACCACUUCAGCUCUCAGUUUAUGAUUUUUGAGCAAAAUUUAACAGGGGGAAGGAAAAAAAAAAAAACCCACAACCCAACCCCAGAGUCUGUCUAUGAAGUGCUAAGAUCUCCAAGGAGGUUUUUAAUGUUAUUUAUAUCUUGAGCUUUCCUUCUUGGAAUUCCAUGGGUUAGAAGGAGAAGCCUAAAUCUAGCCUGAUAAUCUGAAAAUGAAGACUUUCAGGUAUUUCAAGACUUGAAUCUUGGAAGUGUUGGACCAAAGGUGAGCACUGCAAUCCUGAACACAGCACAUUGUACCUCUCCUGCCUGGCUUCAGGUCAUUCCAGGACAAAGUAGCCUGAAAUAACAACUUAUUUUGUAAGAGCAGUUGAAAAAAGCUGAUUUCCAGGCCCAUCAAAAUGAAUUAAACCACAUUUUAAAUUUUUUUUAUUAUUUUUUUCUGUCGGUGUGGCAAGCUCUGCAUGUGGCAGCAUUGGUACAGCAAGUUUCAGCCAGCUGGACUUGGCUGAACUCCUUUUGUUAAAAUUUUAAUGGGUGUUUUGUAACUUUUAAUUGGGACAACAUGAGGCACAAAUGAAAAACACCCUUCCCCAAACUGAGCACUGGAGAAAAAGCUUCAGACAUCAAAUGCCAGCCAGGGGGUCAGAUGCCCCCACUGAGGAUCUCACAGCCAGCACUCAAUGGGGUUCCAAGAUAUCCUCUAUUUAACCCUAAAAGGCAAUUCCUGGUCUGGCAAACCUCAAUCUUCCUAAUUUUCCUGUCUCUUCCUUCAGCCAGUGUUGGAAAUGAAAUGAAAAUCAAGUCUGGACAAAUUUCCAUUGGGCCUAAAGAACUUUCAAGCAGCAGCAACCCUCUUGUGGGCUUAAUGACAGGAAUUCUUACCUUUCACAGCAUUAUUGGAAAAAUCCUUUCUGAUCUCCUCUCUCCUGGAUUCUGUAGAGUUAGGUGCUAUAAGAAGUGUGUGUCUGGUGUGAACAAGCUGUGUGUUGCACAUCUAUAAAAUACACCAACUCUAUGGCAUUUGCUUUCCUUAAAUGAUUAGGAGCAGAUAUUGCCACACUUCAGUUCUGUGUUUCAACCAUCCAGCUGAAAAGCCUUAAAUCUUUCUUGCCUGAAGUUCAGAGUAAAACUCUCUUUUUAGUUCAACAACUGGAAGGAGAAUCUGAGGACCAAAGGGGCAUGCACACCAGUACAUCUCUUUCUCUUUGCUUGCUUUAGUUUGAGAAUUUUAAGUCUCUGUAAAACCCAUUCUUGUGUCUGAGGUGAUGAGAAAUCAGGUUUUAACCACUUAUCUCUCAUCAGGAUGAAGUUCAUGUUGCACCAUUUUAUUUUUUAAUUUUGCUGUGACCUGUAGUCCUUAAAACAUACCUCUCUCUCUCUCUCUCUCUCUCUCUACUUGUGGCCUUGGAUUUUGUUCCACAUUUUUGGUUGGUGUAAGAGCUGGUGCAUUUUCUGGCAUGUCAGUAUUGUUUAAGCCCAGGAGCUUUAACUACUCCCAGUGUGUAUAUUUGUAUAGCACCUCCAACCUGUUGUACCAUGUGGAAGUCCAGUGUCUCUCAAACAUUAAAGCACAGUGUUACCCUUUGGA